UUUACAACUCUGUUUGGCUGCUAAGAGAAUGUAAGGAAACCCAACACUUUUGACUUUUCAUACACCAUUUUUGGAAACAGAAAGAACUGAUUUUGGAUCUGUUUGCUGGGUUCUUGAAUACUCACACCAUAAUGGUUUCAUAUGUCUCAGAAAAAUCCUUUGGGAAGAUAGCAGAAACCCACGUUUUAUCUCGUUUUGGAGGGUUGUAGAGAGUCACAGGAUUGAAGAUAUCGAUUGAUUUGAGCUGAUUUUUGAAGUAAAAAGAGGGUGAUGACUUGCUUCUCUUGCUUGUUUCGCCAGAAGGCAGCUUCUUCAGUUAAACGGACAGUUGAAAUUGAUGAAGUUGUUUCACAUAUUUCGAAUGUCAAACUGUACACUUACAAGGAACUGCAAAAUGCCACUGAAAAUUUCAGUGAAGUGAAGAAAAUUGGGCAGGGAGGCUUUGGAUCCGUAUACAAGGGAACACUAAAGGAUGGCUCUUUGGCAGCAAUUAAGGUAUUGUCAGGAGAUUCUAGGCAAGGGUCGCGAGAAUUUUUGACAGAAAUUGAGGUGAUUGCAAGUGUUAAUCAUGAGAACCUAGUUAAGCUGUAUGGUUGCUGUGCAGAAGGAGAUCAUAGGAUAUUGGUUUAUGGCUAUCUUGAGAACAAUAGCCUUUCACAAACUCUUCUUGAUGGAGGUCAGAGUGGCAUCCAAUUUAGUUGGCAAACAAGGUGUAAAAUCUGCAUUGGUAUUGCAAAGGGGCUUGCUUACCUCCAUGAGGAUGUUCGACCCCAUAUUAUUCACAGAGACAUUAAAGCAAGCAAUAUACUCCUUGAUAAAGACCUUUCGCCCAAAAUUUCAGAUUUUGGUCUUGCAAAGUUUAUCUCUCCCAACUUGACCCAUGUUAGUACUCGUGUCGCUGGAACAGCAGGCUACUUAGCACCUGAAUAUGCCAUACGAGGUCAAGUGACGAGGAAAGCAGAUGUCUACAGUUUUGGUGUUUUACUCUUGGAAAUUGUUACUGGCAGGUGCAACACAAACAGACGUUUACCAUCUAAAGAACAGUAUCUUCUCGAAAGGGUAUGGGAACUAUUUGAAAGGGGCCAGCUGGAGGAGUUGAUCGAUACUUUCUUGGGUGAAGAUCUGAAUGUUGAGGAAGCUUGCAGAUUCAUGAAGAUUGGUCUUCUUUGCACCCAAGACAAACCUAAGAUCCGACCAUCCAUGUCUAUGGUUGUUAAGAUGCUGACAGGUGAGGUGGAUGUGGAUGACGAGAAGAUAGACAAACCUGGAAUGCUUUCUGAGUUCAUGGAUCAGGGAGAUUCAGCUGAUGCCAAACACUCAUCUUACACGAUAUCACCUUCUGGUAGGGUUAUCAAUUCCUCAUCUUCCUCGGAACAGGUCACCACUACGUUUGCCACCAUGACCUUCAAUUCUAUAUAUGACCGGAGCAAUUAGGACCAGCGAAACAUCUUUCUGGUAUAUUUGGUUUGGGUAGGAUCCUCAUCAGUUAUAAUUGUUGUUUACUUGUUUUGGAGAACAAGUAUCCACCAUCAUUCUUUGCUUUCCCCGUCUAUGAAAUAGUCCUUCAACCAUUUUGUAGGGUAACAGUAUUCUUGUAAAGUUCUAUAUUCACCUAGGCUUCAUCUUUUUGGUCUGUAAAGAAAUUCCCGACUAUAUAAAGAACCCCUUACCCUCCC